AGUUGGCAGUAGUGAGUCAACCUAACCUCUCGAAUCUCCGUCACAGUGGAUCGAUGUGUUGUUUCGAGUUGCUCUAAUCCAGGAACAACAAAAUUCAUUGAAGAAGAAGCAGAAACGCGAUAACGACGACAAGAUGUCGGGAUACACCGGCCAGGACAACUAUUGGACCCAGCCACCGCCUCCGCAAGGCCAGUUCAACUUCGAUGCGUCCGGUUUCGGCCAACCUAACCAACAGUUUGAGUUCCAAACGUAUGACCAGAUGCCCGGCGAGUAUUCGUACUCGCAGAAGAGCUUUUUGGACCCCACGCAAAGCCCCUAUGGCGGCGAACUAUACACGCAAGAUGAUUAUGCGAAAGGCACCACCGGUUUUGGGGAAGAGGAAGAUGAGCCACCUUUGCUGGAAGAAUUGGGUAUCGAUCCUGAUCGAAUAAUACAAAAGACUCUAGCUGUGUUGAAUCCAUUCCACAGGAAAGGACAAAUUGAUGAUGCAAAUUACUUGCUGCAAGAUUCGGAUUUAGCAGGACCUGUAGCGUUUUGUUUGGUCCUCGCGGCGUUUCUUUUAUUGGCUGGUUCAAAGGCACACUUUGGCUAUGUAUAUGGAUUGGCCAUGACCUCCUGCAUACUCAUGUACAUUCUACAAUCCCUAAUGAGUAGCAGCAGUAACAUUACCCUAUCAUCUGUCGCAUCUGUACUGGGCUAUUGUUUGUUGCCUGUGGUUGUUCUGGCAGGCUUCGGUGUCUUCACCACAUUGAAAGGUCCAAUGGGCUUGAUUCUUGCAAUCCUGGCUGUUGCGUGGGCAUCCCUCUCUGCUUCAAGGCUCUUCUCCACUAUGUCGGGAGAGGAGGAUCAGAAGCUUCUCAUAGCAUAUCCAUGUCUACUUCUCUAUGGUGUAUUCACAUUGAUAAUUAUAUUUUAAGUAAGGAAUCAAUUGUAUAUACAAGUUUCACCCUUGAAUCAAAUAAACUCGAAUCCGAGCAAAAAACUUAUUUUGUUUACACGCAGAUUGGUGCCAAUAUUUAUGAUGUAAAACGUGUUUAUAUUUUUAUGAUUUCAUUCUUAGUAAUAGUAAACUAUGUUAUUGAUAGAGAGAUUAGAAUAUAUUGCUAAUUAAUUUCGUGGUAUCUAUACUUUUCUGAAUUGUCUUAAUAAGCAUAUUUUGGCAGAUACGUUUAUUUUAAGAUGAUAAUGAUAAUGAUAAUGAUGGUGAUAAUGAUAUGUUAUUUAAUGCAAACUUAGAUUAAGCUAUUUGUUACACUUUCUAAAUAAAAUUUAUGAUAUUAAUUAAUCUAAGUAUUGUCACUAGACCACAAAGCUAAUUUGAUUCUAAUUAUUACAUGAUAAAUAAUUUAUAAAAUAAAAUAUUUAUUGUUAAAAAUACAAUACUUUUAUAUCUCCACUACUAAUAAUUUUAAUUUGUAUUUUUAAAACAUACGUUUUUUUAAAUUAGAAAUGUAUUUUUUACUUAGCACACGACGUGUAAAAACUUUGUAAUAAUAAAUAGUCCAAUUGCAUAC